GUAACCAGCUACCAACAGCCAACUGAGCCAACCGACCCGACCGUCGUCCCUCCCAGGCCCUCUGCUCCACCCACUCUCUCCCCCCCUCCCGUCCUCUGCUCUCUUUUUACAACGUCUUCGCUGACCGUUCCCCCGUCGAGGUUGUUUUCAUGUCAUCCAUGAACGCUCGCUUCAAAAAUCUCGUGGGCUCGAGACGCAAAUCCUCAAACACUGUUGCUGCCUCAAACCCAAGCACCCCGCCCCCAGCCAACUCCAGCUCGCUCUCCCCUCCUUCCAAUCCCAGCUCCUCCACCACUUCUCUCCAGAUGAAUCCCCAAAACCCUCUCGGUCGUCCUCCUUCCUACACCUACGCUCCUCCUGGUGGCAACCUCGGUGCUCCUCAGCAACACGGUCGUUCGAGUAGUCCAAUGCCCCCGCCGCCCAUAAACACUGGUGCACAAGGCCACGGAUAUCCACCCCAACCGCAAGGCCAGAUGUAUGGUCAAGGUCCUCCUCCUCCGGGGCCUCCGGGUUAUCCUCCCGCUCAACAACCUCAGUAUGGUGGUUAUGGUGCUCCGGCUCCGGCUCCUCCAGGGCCACAAGCGUACAACAGGCCCCCACCAGCUGUCGAGGCUGAUGCCGGGAAUCGGAGUAAAGCUCAAUUGAUUGUUGGGAUUGAUUUUGGAACCACCUUUUCCGGUGUAGCGUUUGCGUUUGCGACAAAUACUGAGGCAAAGGAAGACAUCAUCACUGAGUGGCCGGGCGCAGGGAAUCAAACAAAACAAAAGAUUCCGACCGUUCUAUACUAUGAUCAAUACCAAAAAGUCGUCGGAUGGGGUCCAGAUAUUGCUGAGGCGCUAGCUCCGACUGGAUACCCCAAGGCUGGCGUGCAGAAAGUCGAAUGGUUCAAGCUGCAGCUGAUGCUGUCUGGAAACACAUAUAUUGACCCAAUCAACCUUCCCCCACUACCGCCAGGCAAGUCGGAAAUCGACGUAGCCGCUGAUUAUCUAUUCCACCUAAGACAGGCCAUGCGAAACCAGCUGCAAAAAACCCUCGGAGAAGUAUUCAAUCGUGAAGAGAGAAAUAUUCGAUACUACCUCACAGUACCUGCUAUCUGGAACGAUGCUGGGAAGGCAGCUACUCGUGCUGCAGCCAUUCAGGCCGGCUUCCUUCGGGACGAGAACGACAAUCGGCUGACACUGAUCACUGAGCCAGAGGCAGCUGCCAUGUUCUGUUCGAAGACAGGCUUACUUAAUCUCAAAGUACACGAUGCUCUUCUGAUCGUUGAUUGCGGUGGUGGCACCGUCGAUUUGAUCGCUUAUGAAGUCGAAGAGGAGAACCCAUUCUCUGUCGCAGAAUGUACUGCAGGUUCUGGUGACUCUUGCGGCUCUACCGCAUUGAAUCGUAACUUUAGCAACAUUCUUCGUGCCAAGAUCCGAAAGAUGAAGCUUCCAGACGGCUCCAAGACUGCAGGCAAGGUUUAUGCCAAGUGCAUCAUGGAUUUCGAAAACCGAAUCAAAGCAGACUUCCGCAACAACGGUCAGAAAUGGGCCGUUGACGUUGGUAUUGAAGCCGAGUUCCCUGAAGCAGGCAUUGAAGAGGGCUACAUGACGUUUACGAACGAGGAGAUUCUUCAGUGCUUCGAACCAGUCGUUAAUCGUAUUCUGGAACUUGUACGGAACCAAAUUAUUGCCAUCCAAGCGCAAAAUAGGGCACUGCAGAACGUUCUCGUUGUUGGUGGUUUUGGUGCAUCCGAAUACCUUUUCCAGCAAAUCAAGCUUCACGUUCCUCCACAGUUCCAGUCCAAGGUCGUCCGGCCUAUGGAUUCAGUAGCAGCUAUUGUGAAGGGUGCUGUCACAGCUGGUAUUACUGAGCGUAUUGUAACUCAUCGUGUGUCCCGUCGUCACUAUCUGAUGGCUACCUUGCAGCCUUUCAAGGAGGGUCACCAUCCUGAGCAGUAUCGUGUCCCGUCCCUGGAUGGCAAGGAUCGCUGCAAAUACACUCGCCAAAUAUUUGUGCAAAAGGGUCAGCGUGUCAAGAUUGGCGAGCCAGUCAAGGUCUCCUUCUUUCGACAAGUGGCACCAGGGGCUACGCUCAUGUACGAAGAUAUCUUGUAUGCUUGUGACGAUGAUGUCUGCCCAGAGUAUACCAAAGAUCCUCGCAUCAAGGAAGUCGUUACUUUAACCUCAGAUCUCUCACGCAAGAAUCUCGAGAAAGAUUUCGAGCGCAUGGACACACCGCAGGGCACGUUCUACCGGGUGUACUUUGACAUCUACCUCACGCUAGACGGGUCCGAGUUCAAUGCAGAACUCGUCUGCCAGGGCGAAGUCAUGGGCCGCUGCUCUGCGCGCUUCCGAUAAAUGUCUCAAAACCUUCCGGACACGAAAUGCGGACCCUUUACGAACAUCCCUUCAUACACAUCUCCGGGUACUGGGAUGGGAUUCUCAUUUGGC